UUUCACCUGCGGGCGAGUCACCCAGCGUGGAGAGGCUCCACGUCCACCAGCGCAGGGCCGUCGCGGAGCGAGAGCGCGCCCGUGCCGAGGCCGAGCUGUCAAGGGCAGGUACCAUGGCUAGCGAGCUGGAGCGGCAGCUCGAGCAGGCCAACGCCAAGGCGCAGUCUCACCGGUCGCCGCUCCAAGGAACGCGCGCCGGCAGCAGUGGUAGCAGCAGAAGGAAGAAGGGGGCCGUCGACGUCGACACACCCGGCGCCGAUCAGGCCCAGGAUCGGAGCAACUCGCUGUACGUCGAGGUGAUGCACGAGCUGGACAUCGUCAAGAGGGAACUCCGGAAGCUGCAGCGCGAGGUGAAGGCGGCGAGGGAGGCCAAGGCCGGGGCCGAGAGGGACGCGGAGACGCCGACGCCCAGGGCGUUGAGCUCCGGUUCGCGUCCCGUCGACCGCGUGAACCGAGAGGCCGGCGAGGAAAACGAGGACCGCGGCAUAGCUGCUGGGCUGGCCGAAACCGGCGGGUCCCGCGAGGACGGGCAGGCGCAGGACACGUGGACGCGCGCUCAGAGCCCGCCGAGAGACACUAGCCGCGCGAGUGACCCGGAAGAGAGGUUCGCCACGGCGAGCAGCUCCGACGUGGGGCUCGAGCCCGCGGACAUGGCGAUGGUGCCAGCGACGGAGGCGGCGGACCACGUCGAGAACGGCGAGUCCGCGCUGACGGUCACGCGACACGGGGAAGACGACGAUCGCUCGUCCCUGCAGGCUGCGGCGGAAGCCGAGCUGACCUCGGCGAGGGUAGAGCUGGAGUCCAUCAAAGAAGAGGGCAUCCGGCUCACGAACUCCACGGAACGCACGCGCAGGGAGACGGCGCGGGUCGCCGAGGAGAUCGACCGGCUCACGGAGCAGGAGAAGAGAGCCAGCGCGCAGGUGCAGCAGCUGAACGCCAGGCUGCUCAGGGCCCGGGCCCGGCUGGACGCCGCCACGGCCGCUGACGAGAGGGCCGAGGCGAUGCUCUCCAAGCUGUCGGCCGCGCUGCGGCAGCUGGGCGAGGAGACCGAGGCGGCGGAGAAGGAGAGGGAGCUGACGGAGCUGGAGAACCGGUGCGUCCGAGAAGACGCGGAGACCGUCGGCGCCGAGAUCGCCGCGGCCGAGCAGAGGGUCCGGGAGGCGGUCAAGGAGCUCGAGGCGGCGAGGGCGUCAGAGGCCGCGGCGACGGCGAAGCUCAGGGCCGUCGCCGGCAGCCCGACGCGGGCCAGGGCGGCCGCGACGUCGCCGAGGUCCGGGAACGUGACGAUCCCCAGGUUCGAGUACGAGUACCUGACCGGUCGCGCCGAGGUCGUCCGCGCGGCCGCCGACAAGAAGGUGGCCGCGGCGGAGGCGUGGGUGGAGGCGCUGCGCGCCGGCGAGAAAGAGGUGGUGAUGCGGGCCGAGGCGAUCGAGAGGGAGCUCGGAGAAAUGCAAUGACAGCCGGUGGAGGCGGAGGCGCUGCCGGCUGAGGAUGAUCAGCGCGCAGGGGAGCGCGAACCACGUGGCGGCUUGCGGCGCGCGGGGACACGAAGGAGAGCAGCCCGGGAGGAGGACGCAUUGCCGAUGACGUCGGUGAGGACAGAGACGCCGUCGUCAUCAGCGGCGCGAAAGCAAAGGUCGCCUUCGCUGCAUCAGAGUGAAGAGGAGGAGGACACUGGUGCUGAAGUUGAUGAAACUCAUUGCAGGGAAAUGUAGGGGCCAGACUUGAGUUGCUCAUGUUUUUCACAUAAAUAAUGUUAGUGUACUGUGUACAUGUACACCAGAUCAUCAUGUUCUGAAGAUGGGUGACAAGAUGAUGGUGUCCAGGUCAGCCGUUUGGUUGUGUAACUGUAUGGAGCGUCGCCGCUGCCUGCCCCUUGCAUUGGGUGAUUGGGGCAGCGUU